AUGAACGAGGAACUUACGCUACAGUGGUACAAACAAGUUGUUGGAUCUUUCUCCUUCGGUAAAAGGCUUCUUGUGUGGGAUACAUUCGAAGUUCAUAUGACCGACGAGGUUAAAGUUUCAUUGAAAAAAAUGAAAGUCGAAAGUGCUCUAAUUCCAGGUGAGUGUAUAAAGUACAUUCAGGCCCCAGAUGUGUACUGGAAUAAACCGUUUAAAGGAUUUAUUUCUGAUAUGUACGAUGAAUGGUUGGAUAAUGGUGUCCACCAAUAUACGGUAGGAGGAAACAUGAAACAAGCCCCCCGACGCACAGUUGUAGAAUGGAUUUUACGUGCUUGGGAAAUGAUGAAAAAAGAUCUCAUCAUUGAUUCAUUUAAGGGUUGUGCCCUAAAUCUAAAAAACGACGGGAGUGAAGACAACAAUAUUCAUUGCUUCAAAAGUACCCAACCUUGUUCUGCCGGUGCAUCAGACCAAACUAAGGUGGUAAAUAAUACCGAUGCUAAUAAAGUCAACCCAUUCGAACCUACCGAUUCUGACAUCGAGAGAUUUGGUACAAUAUCGCAUGUAGUGUACAAGGCCCAUUUGUAUUUUAAUUGGAUAGAAAAGACGAAGCAAAAGACAUAA